CCACGAGGCUGCUCCCCUCCCUCCCGGUUUCGCAUUGACCCGCGCGCUCUCUCUUCAAGGCAUAACCUCCUACUCCCGCGCGGACUCCCGCGCCGAGCCCCCUGUCCCCUUUGUCAUUCACAACGUCCGACGUUCGUCAGCUCUGCAUUCACGUCACUUGAAUUGAAACCCGGAACAUGCAUGCAUGCAUGCAAGCAAGCAAGCAAGCAAUCUGCUUUUGAAUGAGGUCUGUAAGAGAGAGAGAGAGAAAGAGAGAGAAAGAGAGAGAAAGAGAGAGAAAGAGAGAGAGAAAGAGAGUGCGCAUGGCUCGAAAGCCCGCUGUCCUCCCCCAUCGGACGCACUCCCUUCUCCUUCACCCUCAGAGCUCCGGAUCCCGUCCCCUCAAAAGUCCGUCAUCCCACCCCCCUCUCUUCGUCACUUAGCAGACGGUCCUGGCGCCAUCCAACAGCCGGUCUACAUACACCUUGCCUUUCACGACCCAUCUCGUGCUCGUCCUCGUCCCAAAAGCGGCAUCGUCAUGUCAUCAUGUCAUCCCGUACCCCCUUACCCCCCUAUGCCAGGCAACGAACAAAUGCCCAUAGCUCGAAACACCAAACACUCCCCCCGGAGAUAUACGUCGUGUAACCCCAGUGGAUGUUUCGUUUCUCUCCCCUGCCCCCUGUCCCUCUUAGUAGAACAUCUUUCGAGUGACAAAAAAGAUGGCCUCUUUCCCUUCCCACAACCAAAUAUGCGCAACUCAGGCCAUCUAAUUCGUCACCCGCGUGGCAAUGUCAAAGCCCCCGUCCUGCUCACCGGAAAAGAAAAACCCAUUCGACUACGCCUCUCCACCCCCCCUGCCGGAAGGAGCAGCGCUACCUAUUAAUGGGUGCAUAAAACCCAGCACUGACUGCACAGUAUCAAAUGGGCAUGCAUUAUCUUUUCUUCACCCUUCUGCUAGGUGACUACAUUAUUAGCAGCUUCAAAUUCCAGUCUUAUCUUUUUGGUCCGAAUUCUUCCCCUCUUCUGACAGAAGCCUUGAUUCUCUCCCCCUCCUCCAAGAGUCAUGCACCGCCCUCCCGGGUGAAGGAGA